AAUGCUGCCCAAUUCUAUGGCUCCACCAUUAUGUGCGUAUUUCGUACGGUUUGAGAUUGUGGGUUGAUCGCGUCCGCGAGGAAUUCUGAAUGAUGUGCUUGGAGUGAAUAGAGGUGUUAUUGGGAUGGAAAUUUUAGGUGAAGGUGUGUAGCUAAUGGGCGGAGGGAUGGAUAGGUAGGUUUCUGGAAAUGUGGAGAUUCGGUGGUUGGAGAUUUUGUCUGUAGUUGCUGGGUCGGAGGCGUUGGGAAUGUGAGAACAGAGGAGUUAUUUCGUGCAAGUUUGCAUAAUUUGAUGAUUCUGCUCUUCGAGAAUUUCCAGUCUGGAGAUAGUCUGGACUUGUGAGGUUUGAAUUCAAGGGAGAAGCGGUGGUAUGAAGAGUAACUCUUGUUGGAAGAGUACCUUUAGAGGUUGUGUGUUGCGUGAUUGAUGUGCACUUGAACGACCUAGCAAUGAAUCCUAGUCGCGCAGCUAUUCGGUGGUGGAGGUAUGGCCAACAAUGCAAGGUGCUGUUGCCGUUGGAUUUGAUUCGAUCAUCGUCUCAAUUCUUCAUCGUAGUUCUCACUCUGGCGCUCUUCCUGUUCACCACGUGUGGAACUGUGCAUACUGCGGCACAAGACAGAUCAUUCGCAACAUUGAGCCAAAGAUCAAGAGCGUCUCUCUUCAGUGUGGGACGGGCACAAGCAAGGAACAAACACCAUUUGGCGCCGGUGGUCAUAGUUCCAGGCACCGGCGGGAAUCAACUAGAGGCCAGGUUGACAGCUGAUUACGAGGCUAACAAGCCAUGGUGCUACAGCUUCAGAAAAGAUUACUUCAGGUUGUGGCUGGAUGUGAAAACACUGUUUCCACCUUUCACGACGUGUUUCGCCGACCGCCUGAGCUUGGACUACAACCCGCAGUCCGAUGCCUAUAGCAACAUCAAGGGCGUGAAGACGCGGGUACCGUUUUUUGGUACUACCGAAGGAAUGGAGUACCUGGAUCCCUCACUCAAAUUCUUGACAGGCUACAUGAUACACUUGGUGAACGCAUUAAAAGCUCAUGGUUACGAGAGCGGAAAGUCAUUAUACGGAGCUCCAUACGACUUUCGGUUCGCACCGGGGCCACAUGCAUCCAACGUAGCUCUAGAGUACCUGAAAGACCUGAAAGAUCUCAUAGAAACCGCGUACUCAGUAAAUGCCAACGAGCCGGUGGUCAUCCUCGCUCACAGCAUGGGCGGGUUGUGGACUCUCUUCUUCCUGAACCAGCAAUCCAUGGAGUGGAGGAACAAAUACGUUUCCCGCUUUGUGUCUGUAGCUACCCCGUGGGGAGGGGCGGUCGAACAGAUGAUGACCUUCGCAUCCGGCAAUCCGGAGGGAGUUCCCUUUGUGAACUCCCUGGUCGUGCGCGAAGAGCAGCGGCGCUCAGAGUCUAACUUGUGGCUGCUGCCAGUGCGGCGCUGCUUCAGAGACCGACCAUUGGUAAUUACCUCGUCGCGCAACUACACAGCUGGGGACAUGGAACAGUUUCUGUGCGACAUCGGUUUCCCUGAAGGGGUCGCGCCAUACAAAUCCCGGAUACCGCACCUAACGGACAUUCUACAACCUCCUCAAGUCCCCGUCACCCUAAUUCACGGCUAUGGCGUGCCGACGGCGGAGACACUAAGCUACGAGAAGAAGGGAUUCGACAACCAUCCCGAAAUCACAGAAGGUGAUGGCGACGGGACGGUGAAUGUGUGCAGCUUGACCGCGGUGGUUGAGGAAUGGGAGCGAGUCGCAGGUCAGGAGUUGGAAGUGAUUGCGCUGCAUGGCAAACAACAUAUGCAAAUCUUGCACGACGACCAUUCUGUGCAAGUGAUCGUGGACGCCAUUCUCAAUGUUACCCCACAGGAACAGCUUAUGUUCCACUAAGCCCUAAUCGUAACCCUAAACCUAGCUCCAAUCCUCACAGGAUCAGGCCACAUUCUCCUUGAAAAACAGCAUAAGGUCGAUUCUCCGCAGCCUCUCUUCCAUUCCACCUCCCCCUUUGUAUCUCUCUCCAUUCAAUUGUACAAUUGUUUUUUUAUUCAUUCCAGGAUCUGGCCUUGAAGAGA